AUGCCCUCAUCAUCCCCGUUAGCCAAAGGUGGCCAGGACUCACCGGAGAUUGAUGCCCCUUCCAGCCCGACUCCCAAGAGUCCAACGCACGGAAUUAGUCCAACGCACACCUGGAAGUCAGUAUUUCGAUUCGCGAACGGGUCUUCGAGGAAACUCUCAGCCAACUCAUCGUCUCUUACACUCGAUACAAGCCUGGCUACCUCCUCUACUGGAGGUCCGCCCACUCCUCAUACCCCAAAUCCAUCCUUGACACCAGCUUCCCUUGUUUCUGACCAACGUUCAUCAUACAACUCCUCUAGGACGCCUUCAAGUGAUUCUCACCGAGUCACCCCGAACCAGCUAACCUAUCAAAAAGCUCCAGUAAAAUCAUCAAGUGGCAUUUUACGGCCCCAGCACUCUGUUGAUGCUCUCUCUACGCCAGCCCGAACCAGGCCUCGUACCAAGUCAGAGAAGCAGAGAACUGCGCUAUCGCGUAUUCCAGGAAGCGCAAAACCCCGAACAGCCGAUCCUUCCCAUACAUCUUUCACCAUUACUCCACCAUCUACAUCCUCUUCGCGUCCAGGUCCUUUCACACCAAAGUCAGUCGGAGCGUCAGCUUCACGUUUCAUUCGUCGAGUGGCCUCUGCCCCAAAUGCUAAAGGGCUUUUCAACUUGGGCUCACGUACGACUUCGGCCACAACCAAGAAUGGUCUUCUUGCACCUGCGGAAGCAGUCCCGCCUUUACCAUCAUCUUCUACUGAACAUGGUACAGAUUCCUUGGAGACACUCUCAUCAGGCUCCUCUCGUGACCGUUUAUCCCGGCCAGAUGGAUUCCAUGGCGCGUCGUUAUCACCAUCGACUCAGACACGAGUGAGUAAUGGUCAGAUAGAAGGGCCGGGGAAAAUUGCCUUUCGAAGGACUUAUUCGAGCAAUUCAAUCAAAGUUCGACAGGUCGAAGUUGGCCCAUCAAGUUUCCUCAAGGUUAAGAUGCUCGGGAAAGGCGAUGUGGGCAAAGUCUAUCUUGUGCGGGAGAAAAAGACAGACAAACUUUUUGCAAUGAAAGUAUUGUCAAAGAAAGAAAUGAUCGAACGAAAGAAAAUCAAGCGCGCACUAACUGAGCAAGAGAUCCUUGCCACAGCGAAUCAUCCUUUCAUCGUUACCCUCUAUCACUCGUUCCAGUCAGAAGGUUAUCUGUACUUCUGCAUGGAGUAUUGCAUGGGUGGAGAAUUUUUUCGUGCACUUCAGACACGUCCGGGAAAAUGCCUUUCAGAAGAUGGUUCUCGAUUCUACGCCGCGGAGGUUGUGGCUGCCUUGGAGUAUCUACAUCUCAUGGGCUUUAUCUAUCGGGAUUUAAAACCGGAAAACAUACUCUUACACCAAUCUGGGCACAUAAUGCUGUCAGAUUUUGAUUUGGCCAAGCAAUUUGGCGAUUCUGGAACAGCCCCUGCCAUGGUUCAUUCAGAGCACAAUGGAGUCCCGCUGAUAAACACAAUGGCAUGUACGUCAAAUUUCCGCACAAACUCAUUCGUUGGGACUGAAGAAUACAUUGCACCUGAAGUGAUCGCGGCUCAAGGUCAUACAGCUUCUGUAGAUUGGUGGACACUGGGCAUACUCAUUUACGAGAUGAUUUAUGCUACGACUCCUUUCAAGGGCGAAGCACGGACAGAUACAUUUGCCAACAUUCGUAUGCUUCCUGUCCAUUUCCGGGAUGCACCCAAAGUCUCUGCUGCAGGCAAGGACUGUGUCACAAGGUUAUUGGACAAAAACGAAUCCACUCGUUUAGGUAGUCGCAGUGGUGCCAGCGAAGUCAAGCAACACAAAUGGUUUGCCAAGGUCAAUUGGGGCCUGUUGAGGAACAUGAAACCACCGAUCAUCCCUUCAUCAUCCAACGGAGUGGACGCAGUAAACUUUCGGCAUAUCAAAGAAUCACAUUCCCUACACCUGGAGGAGGAGGAAUCAAUGCUAGGCCAAUCUACACCUGGGACACCGAUAGGAGAAACUGAAGGCGGCGGCGACUUGUUUGAGGGAUUUUCCAGUGUCACUCUGCACCACGAAGGGGAUAUAUAG